AACGAAUUGCUUUUGCCGUUCGCCAAUGCUUUACGCCACGACUCAUUUCUCCUCCUUACCAACACCAAUCUUGUCAGCACCCCUCUAAUCCGAAUCAUGGAUUAUUCAACCCCCGUCCAACACUCAUCUAACCGACCCCCAAAAAUAUUGCAGCCAUGCAAAUAUCACCCGUUGACGUUCAAGGAUUCUCGUGCCGAUCACAGGAUCGCGCGCGUGUCAAACCUCCGCAAAAUCAUUGUGACGUAAUGCACGCGUCGUUCUCCGACCCGAAACUGUCAUGCAGUACACAUAACACAAGAGCAUUACGACACAGCAUAUUGAUCCCAUUGACCGUCUACCCCAAUCCCCAUACAAAACCAAUUGUAAUCUUCCCUUCCCUCCUCUCCUCUCUCUCAUACCAAUUCUCAAUUCCACACCUCCAAACCAAAAAUCCACAACUCAUUCAUGACCACCCCUGCCUCACGCACUCUCCGACGCCUCCCCUUCACAGCAACAACAUCCCGCCCUCUCGCCCGUCUCACCCUCGUAAACUCCCACUUCCAAACCUCUCCCUUCUCCACCUCCACCAAAAUGUCACACCCUUCGCACCCUCAAUCCCGCGGCUCCGAAACCUCUGGGCUCUCAGAGUGGAAACAACGCGCCCCAUACCGCGUCCACGAAGCGCAAGAAAACUUCCCCGUGAAAUACGAAGCAAACUGCCACUGCGGUAAAGUGUCGUACCAACUCUCGCGCCGCGAACCCCUCGACAGUAAAUUAUGCCAUUGCACUACGUGCCAGACACAACACGCCGCGCCAUUUCAGUGGGCGGCCAUAUUCCACAAAACGGAUAUCAACUUCACAAACGGGCACCAUGAUUUAGAGUGGUAUGAUCCGACGGAUAAGAGCAUCGAGCACAAGUUGCCGUGUAAGGUGAGGUGCAGUUAUUGUCAUAGUCCUAUCAUGGACGAAGGCCGCAACAUGAUCCUCCUCUUCCCCUCGCUGGUCCACCUCAAAACCGACGAAGACAAGGCGCUGUUCAAACCCCGCUGCCAUAUGUUUUAUGGCCAGCGUGUCAUGGAUAUCCCCGAUGGACUACCGAAAUGGAGCGGGUUGAGCGAUAGCUCGGAUUUGAUUGAAGACUCGCCGCCUGAAAAGGUGAGGGAGCUUGAACGGAAGAGGGAACAGGAGCGGAAGGAGAAGUUUGAGAAGGGGGAGAAUGAGUAG